AUGGGGGGAACUAUCAUUGCCCGACUAGCUACAGCACAGUGGUGGCGCGGGGGCACAGCUGGCGCAGCAGUUCCACGAGCCACUCCAGGGACAAGACACGAGACCUGUCAGCUGCUGGUGCACGAUCAAAAUCUACAGCAGGGUGGGCGAUGUCGGCUGGCAAUCUUGAUGACAUUGUGGCAUGACUCAGGAGCUAGUUUGAGAGCUUCGAGCAAAGCUUUAAUGUUAUUUGACCGGACUGACGAGAGAAAGUUUAUGAUCUUGGAAAUUUUCGAUGAGGAUCUCAAACUAUUGGCAAAAAUACCUGUUCUUUCUGCCCUCCUGGGUAAGAGGAGCACCCCAGAGGUGGGCAAGGUCGAAGAAAUAGAUGAAACGGCCGAGGAUGGCCGAGAUGGUGAGGCCUUGGAGAGGAAGCCGCACUUGAGCCUACUAGACUGGAUCAGUGCCAAGGAUAGCCAGAGCGACGUACAACAGAUUGCACAACUCUGUAUUUUACAUUUUUUCUUGUUAUAUUGGAAGUGUGUGUCAUUGCAGGCAUUGCUACAGAACCAAAACCGGGCGGGGAGGGUGAACGACCCAUCCAUCUUCCCCGACCUGUGCACCUCACACCGCAAGAACCUCAUGCACAUGCUCAAGAACCAUCAGCGGGUUCAAGAUAUCAAGCGGAGGUGCAUUAAGGCGAAGGAGGAACUCUCGGAGAAUUUGCACGUCAGACUAAAGUGGAUAAUGUACAUAGAGAAGAAGAUGUAUGAGCUGGCGAACAAGUUAACCAUGCACCAGGAGAAUGUUCGCCGCCUCAUGGGCCUGCUGCAGGUGGUUGAGCAGAUUCACCGGGCCCCCCGGGUCUACGUGGGGGCCAUCACCGAGGUGGCCCGCAGGCACGUCUUCUCGCAGGCCUUCGUCGAGGUUGGUACUUGGCCCUCCCCCUCACUCAGGCGGAGGCAGCUUACGACAAGACGCCAGUUCAUUCAGCACUCUCUCCACGCACUUUCUGGUCCUUGCCAUUAUCCCUGUGAUGGACGACCUACCCCAGACUUCGCCACCAAACCGCCUGACAAAUUCAUGACACCAUUGCCUAAGUUGUCCAAGGAGGACAUUGAGCAGCUGCAGUCGAUACUUCCUGAGCUGGCAUCCAUGCUGGUGGUCGGGGAAGUGGUUGCUGUGCCGCCGCUGCUGCGCAAGGCUCUGCACUCACACACUGCGAAUAUUGACACUCCUAGACUCAGCCAAAUGUUGGCGAAGGACGGCAGCGCCGAGGUGUAUGCCUCGGCGGUGACCACCGCUGCCUCCGUCACGCCCCGACACACACCCGAGCGUGACCUCGUUACCAGAGAGCAGCAACAGCUGCGACCAGUUUCCAUCACAAGGGAACACCUGGAGUCUGAAACGGAUAUGGACGAGUUUGAGAAAGUUGGCGUCAGCGGUGGAAGCGAUGGCGCGUUCUCCCCCAUGGAGGCGCUACCUGAUGCCAGCCGCAACUCCAUGAAGACCAAACACCACUACUCAGUGCAGGUCAACGAGUCUAAACACAUUAAGCUGGAUGGCGGUCACGGCGGCGCCACCUCGCCGGCGAGCUCCACAAACCAGGAGGAGCUGAGGCAGGGCAGUGUAGCCUCGGAGAGUCCCCAGGAUCCCCCGUACAGUCCCGAGGAGUUUGCCAACGCCGAAUUCUACAUUGAUGAGUCGAUGCCCUCCAGCUACACCGAGAGUGGCGGUACGGCGGCCUCCGGCUCGAGGCAUCCCGCAGCACUGGUGAAGACGCACCAUGUCGUCACAGCGGAGCUGCAGCAGCAAUUGGAGGACAAAAAUACAGCCAUUAUCAUCUUGCAGAGUGAGCUGAGUCAAGCCAAGGAAGAGAUGGAGCGACUCCAGCAGCGUCUCGGGGCCCUGGCAUCACUACACUGUAAAGACGAAGUCCUCAGCCUCAAGACAGAGCUGGCGGCGCUACGGGACAAGGUGCGGGACGAGCGCGAGGCCUAUUUGAAACACAUCUCUGAGCUGUCCUCUCAGAUUAUGGACAUUCUCCUGCAGCUGCUUAGUAACAUUAUUUUGUAUGUUUUGUAUACCGCAAAAACGGUACUAGGUGGCGAGGUGAAGCAGGUGGUAGGAGGGCAGGUGGAGCAGGUGGUAGGAGGGCAGGUGGAACAGGUGGUAGGAGGGCAGGUGGAGCAGGUGGUAGGAGGGCAGGUGAAGCAGGUGGUAGGAGGGCAGGUGGAGCAGGUGAUAGGAGGGCAGGUGGAACAGGUGGUAGGAGGGCAGGUGGAGCAGGUGGGAACUGACUGUAACUACUUAACUGACUACACAUUUCAGCAAACAACUGUGGAGUUCGAGGAGGCCAAGAGAAUGUUGGUAGAGGAGAAGGUGGAGGCUGUGAAGAGACUGACCUUGGAGCACGAGCUGGAGAUGGUUGCCCUCAAGGAGCGCUGGCGCGAGGACGACCUUACACGCCAGGAGGAGAUUGUGACCCUCACCCAGAAAUUAAAAGGCCUUGAAGAUGCUCUGGUGGAGGCUGAGAGAGAGCGGAGUGAGUUGGAGAAGAAUUUCCAGAACCGCUUUGAGGUACACAUCCAAGAGGAGAAGGACAAGAUUGUACAGAUCCUGGAGGUCAGCUUCAGCGAGAGAGAAAAAAAGGCUCUGGAGAGUCUUAGGGAACAGCUGGUACAGGAACACCAGCAGCACGUCACCAGGCUGGCGAAUGAGCGGGAGGCGGCGGUGCAGGCGGCGUGCGAGGAGGUGCGCACCAAGCUGGUGGUGGAGUGGAGGGAGGUGGUGGAGCAGCAGCACAAGGACCUGGGCGAGCAGCACAGCGCACACCUGGCGCAGUGCCAGCACCAGUGGCAGCUUGACAAGCAAGCUGAGAUUGACGCCAGGCUGGCCCAAGUUGAUGCUCGGUGGAGGGAAGAGAGGGACAGCAGUGUGGAGCGGGUACGACAGCAGUAUAAACUGGAGCUGGAGGGUCUGCGUUCUCGCUUCCGCAUGAUGACCACGGCCAGCAUGGACAAAUCCCCCUCCGAGACCUCCCUCGAGAAGUUUGAGCGCGGUGAGUUCGUGGAGCUGGCAGCGCAUGAGGCAGCGCUGUCACGGCUGCGGGAGGACCUGGCCAGGGAGACGGAGGCGGCAGUGGAGGCGGCAAAGGUCAACCUCCAGCAGCAGUUUGCGCUGGCGCAGCAGCAGGAGAUGUUAAAACAUGACGAGAGAAGAAGAGAAGAGCAACGAAGAAUGGAAGCAGAGAAACAAUGUAGCUACAACAGAAAGUGA